AUGCCUGUCACUUCGUUUGUUAAACCAACAACGCCUAUAAAUACUGCUCCACCAUCGAAUACAACUAAUGGAACUAAUACAACAACAACAGCAACAACAACAGCAACUGCUGUUCAAAGUGGACCUUAUACAAAAGCUCAAUUUUUAAAUACAAUGGAAGGAUCACGAAGUGUCAAAAAUAUAAAAGAAAUUGAAACAUUACUUAAAGAUUAUCCAGCUGCAUUAGAACUUUAUCGAACAAAAAAAUAUAAAGUAAAAGUUAAAUAUGAAGCUGAUGUUGAACGUGUAAUUCUUGUUGAAAAACGAUCAAGUAAAAAUGCAUCAAAUAAUGCCACAAAAACAAAUGAUAUUCAAUCAAAUAAACAAUCUAUUCCAGAUCUAGCAAAUGAUGUUAAUAAAACGAAAGAAGAUGUAAAAAAAGUAAAAGAUGUAGAACAACCACGUAGUCGUCCACAUUCGAAAGAUCGUAUUAUGCCAGCAACAUCAGCAACAUCAGCAACAGAAAAUAAUGAUUUAGUACAAACAACAGCAACAUCAUCUAAUCAUAUGAUAAGUAAUAAUACUCAAUCGAAAGUUGAUCAACAACGAAUAUCAUCAAAAGAACGUGAACCAUUAGCAUCAUCACACUCAAAACCAGACCAACAAUCUAGUAGUAUUCGUGAUCGAUCUCAUGAUAGUCGUUCAAAUGGAUCACAUAUAAAACAUAAAGGAAGAAAAAGCAGUCGUGAUUAUCCAACAGCACUAGUACCUUAUGUGCCGAAUGCUAAUCCUGCUGCAAAUAUGUGGCCUCAUUCUCGAGCUCUACAACCUUAUUAUAACAAUCCUAUGUUUCAACGACAACAAUAUCAAUCAAAUUAUUUUAUGCCUUCAUCAAUAAUACCUCAACAAAAUCCCAUGUAUCAACAACCAUAUUAUUAUCCUCAACGAACAGCUUAUCCUCUUGUUUAUCAACAACAAUCUAUGUAUCAGACAACACCACAAUUAAAAUCAGCAGGAAAUAUUACUAAUCAACCAAUGCAUACAGCACAUCAUUAUCAUGCAUCAUCUCGAACUAUGUACAAUGCACAUCGUGGUGCUGCUCUUCCACCAUCAUUUCAUACAUUUCAUCCAGCUCAUCAACACUAUCAAACUCCUCAAGCAGUUACAUACCAACCACAAAUGCCCGCUCAAUGGCCUACUCAAUGGCCAGCAGCAGCAGUAGCACCACAGCCUGGACCAGUAGGUCCUGUUAUGAAUAAUAAUCAUAAUGCUCAUCUAGACGCUCGUCGAAAUUCGAAAAAUCGUGCUCAUAGUGUUGAUACAGGUCAUCGCGGUAGUUAUCCACUACAAAAUUAUAUUCAUCCACAACAACAACAAGCUGCUGCUGCAGCUGCUGCAGUUAUUGAACAACACCAUCAUCAUCAUCACCAUCAUCGACAUCAUCCACAACAUCCACAACAUCCACAACGACCUCAUGUAGUCGAUGUAUCAGCUAAAAUUGUUGCUCCAACUAUAGAAAUUCCAAAACAACCAUAUCCACAACCACCACCACCACAACAACAACAACAACAACAGCAACAACAUAUUCCAUCUAAAGAUGCGAUAGCGCCAGUUAAUCUUGAUAACUACGGUGAAAAACUAACUAUUCGUCAGCUAAAUGAAAUAUUUAUUCAAAUGGAUCAAUCAGGUCGAUUACCAUACAAUACAAUACCUGCUAUUUUACAACGUUUUAGUAUAUCAUUAACAGAAAAUGAUUUACUUGCAGCUGCACAAGAACUUAAAUACAAUGUUGCCGAACCCAUAUCUGCUCGACGUUUAGUACAUGUUUUAGUUAAAUUAGGCAAAAUAGCCAAAUCAAAUAAUCAACAAAAACUACAACAACAACAAUCACUUGGUUCACCGUCUAUGUUACCUGAAGAUCGUGAAGUAACCGAUAUUAUGACUCAGCAACGUCGAGCAGCUGGCGCGGCUUCGACUCAUAUUCAUUCAUCGGUAUAUCCCAACUAUUGGUAUUGA